GUUCAAUCCCCGCACCCGAGAGCCGAAACUUAGAACUAAUGCUGCACUCACUCGACUACAACGCACCGUCUGGGGCAGAGAUGGCGAGCGGUUACGGAAACGAUUACUACUACACGAUGGACACCGACGAUGUGGAAUCCUCGAGCAGUAGCACGAUGUCGAGCUUGAACAGUUUAUUUUCGUUCACCAGCCCAGCGGUGAAGAAGCUGCUCGGCUGGAAGCAGGGCGACGAAGAGGAAAAAUGGGCUGAGAAGGCGGUCGACAGUUUGGUUAAAAAGCUCAAGAAACGCAAGGGUGCCAUCGAGGAACUGGAACGGGCCCUUUCCUGUCCCGGUCAGCCCUCGAAGUGCGUCACUAUCCCGCGGUCACUCGACGGUCGACUACAGGUAUCACACCGGAAAGGCUUGCCGCAUGUCAUCUAUUGUCGUGUGUGGCGCUGGCCCGAUCUGCAAAGCCAUCACGAGCUGAAACCACUCGAAUCGUGCCAGUAUCCGUUUAGUGCGAAACAAAAGGAAGUAUGUAUUAAUCCAUACCACUACAAGCGUGUCGAAAGUCCGGUACUACCGCCGGUGUUGGUACCACGUCAUUCCGAGUUUGCGCCAGGACACUCUCUGCUACCAUUCCAUCAAAUGAACGAACCGAAUAUGCCGCAUAACGUCAACUACUCGAGCACAGGCUUCAACAAUUCGCACAUGGGAGGAGGCGGUGCUGGGGGUGCCGGUAGUGGCGGCAGCGUCGGUGGCGGAGGAGGAGGUGGUAAUGGAACCGGCGGCAACGGUGGCGGCGGUGGUGCCGGGCCGAAUUCACCCAUCUCUUCGCACAUGGGACCAAACAGUCCGAUGUCGUCGGUUUCGAGCCCGGGGCCUAUCAAUUCCAAUCCUCAGAGCCCGUACGGAGCGUUGCCUGAAACUCCACCGCCAGCGUACAGUCCGCCGGAAGAAGGGAACACGGGCAACCAGGACGGAAACCAGAUGGACACCUCGAAUCAGAUACAUGGCGAGGUGGCUCCUAUAAGCUAUCAGGAACAACCCUACUGGGCGAGUAUAGCGUACUACGAGCUGAACUGUCGCGUCGGCGAAGUGUUUCACUGCACCAACACAUCCAUCGUCGUUGACGGAUUUACCAAUCCGUCCAACAACUCGGACCGUUUCUGCCUCGGACAGCUGAGCAACGUGAAUCGAAACAGUACGAUCGAGAACACGCGACGCCAUAUCGGAAAGGGUGUGCACCUAUACUACGUUGGAGGCGUGGUGUACGCGGAGUGUCUAUCCGAUUCGGCUAUUUUCGUGCAGAGCCGCAACUGCAACCAUCACCAUGGGUUUCAUCCGAGCACGGUGUGCAAGAUACCGCCUGGAUGUUCGCUGAAGGUCUUCAAUAAUCAAGAAUUUGCUCAGCUACUAUCUCAGUCGGUCAACCAUGGGUUCGAGGCGGUAUACGAGCUGACCAAAAUGUGCACGAUACGGUUGAGUUUCGUGAAGGGUUGGGGAGCGGAGUAUCACCGACAGGACGUCACCUCGACACCGUGCUGGAUCGAGAUUCACCUUCACGGACCCCUUCAGUGGCUGGAUAAGGUUCUGAUGCAGAUGGGAUCGCCUCACAAUGCGAUCAGCUCAGUGUCGUAAAAGAAAGGAUGAAAGGGACGAUUGAACUUCUUUUCGUUAGAUAUGUUAAGAGGUUUCUAAGAAGACUACUCUCUUGCACGGACGGUCAGGCCGAGCUUCACGCUGUAUCGCUCGUACUUGGGAGAGGGACGUGAAGUGUGAUUAUCCAUAGAAAGCUGAUUGAAACCGAAUCGGAUAUUAUCAUUCUUACAGAUUUCAAUUGAAAAUGAUCCUCCGCUAAUAGUGUUCAGGGCGGUCGCUGGCAAAUAUAAGGAGAAUGCGUAAGGAGCAGAUGGGAGCUAAGCGAACAUGUGUAAAUGCUUCCCAGCAUAAAGUCUUUUUCCACCCUGUGUCCCUUCGCACCAUAGGAACCAUACUGCGCGAUAAACAGCGGUUGAUUACGUAUCAAACUUUUUUUUAAAUAUUGAUAAGCUACUGAUACUAGGUGUACGAGUAUAUUUGUCUACAAGGAUUAGCAUUAGGGUGAAUUGAGUUGUUCUUCCUUAGUUGCCGUAGUUUUAUAACCGAACUAAUUUACAACAACCCGGGUUACAACAAACUAUUGGCAGCACGGAUCUAGCGAACAAUCUGGGCCAUUUUAAGUAACACAGAGGAUACGUCUUCUCAACCUAUUGUUUUAAAUUGUUGUUUGUCCGUUUAUGAACUGCUGCGUCCUUGGCAGUGAGCAUUGAUAUCUGUACAAAAGGAGUUUACUUGUUGACUAAUUCAACUCAAUAGUUCCUCAAAUAAUCAUUGCAGCCAUUCUUUACAAACCGUUUCGAUUAAAAAUGAAGAAACAAGCGAAACUGCUGUCCAGAAAAUUUGUGCAACAAGUGACAUUUGUGCAAUGCAGAUGCUUUACAAGUGUAUAGCAAAACAAAUAUGUAUGGAAAAGAAAUGGAUCAGGAAGAGAUCCAUUGUAGGUUCUAAACUUUUGUGAUUUUUUCGAUGCCAUCAGCAAACUAUGUUGUAAAAGCUACAAUCGAGAGAUGCUAAGAACAACAAAUGUAAUUUCGAAUUUACUUCCUUUUACAAUCACAGUUUAACGAGGAAAGUUUACGUGUUUUUUCAUUCUUUUGCUAUUUACGCCGUAGAUUUAUCUUUAAGUUGAUUUACAUUUUGUAGUUUUAUGCAAAUAAUGAACAUUUUGUUAAGCAAUAUUAAGAUGAGUUUAGUAGGUUUAGUUCAUGCAAUAUGGUUUAUGUUCAGUCUAUCGAAAUGACGUUAUAUUUUGAAAUGCUAUUUACGUACUUUGCUGGACAGAAAAGAGCAUGAUGCCGGAGUACAUGGAAAAGCGAAAAAAUUGCCUUCAGAUAAUUAUAUUCAGUAUUUCCCGUUUUAUGAUUACGAAUGUCAAAGACGAAAGUUUUAUGUGGUUUAGAACUAGCUUGCUGGAUGAGUAUGAAACAAACCCAAGGAAAGGAAUACUUUGAACACAAUACGAAUGUGCGCUGAUGCCUUA